AUGUUUUUCAAAGCGCUUAUCACAAUACUAGUUAUAUUGAGCAGUUUGGUUUCAGCAAAAACCGAUGGAAAUGUACCCAUUUUGGUAUACGUUGGAACUUACACUGGGAAUACUGAAAAUGAUAGUAAAGGUAUUUAUGCUUUUGCUUUCAAUAGUGAAGAUUCAUCGUUAAAACCAUUGGGACUUGUUGUUGUUACCCAAAAUCCAACUUUUGUUCUAAUACAUCCAUCACAAAGAUACAUUUUAUCUGUCAAUGAAGUAAAAAAUGGAACUGUCAAUGUUUUCAAAAUUAAUUCGAAACAAACAUCUGAAUUGACCAUAGUCGAUCAACAAUCUUCUGGUGGAAGCUAUCCAAUUUAUCUUUCAUCAGAUAGAUUAGGACACCAUAUUUUUGUUGCAAAUUAUAUGUCUGGUACAGUAACUGUAUUACCGUUUGACAUGAACAGUGGCCGUCUUCAAUGUACAGCUAGAAUUUACCAACAAAUGGGAUCCUCUGUGGAUCCUGAGAGUCAAACAUCAUCCCAUCCUCAUUGUAUUUUGUUGGAUAAAAAAGAGGAGUAUGCUAUUAGUGCUGAUUUAGGAUCAGAUGAAUUGUAUGUAUAUCGAUUCAUGUCGAUGAAUGGAACAUUAAAAAAGCAGUACAUUUCAAAAUCGAUAGAGGCUGGUGAUGGUCCUAGACAUAUAAUAUUUAGUAAUAAUCAUAAGUAUGUUUAUGUGAUAAAUGAACUAUCAUCAUCGAUUACUGUUUUAAAUCACUAUCCAGCUAUAAGAGUAAUUCAAAAAAUUUCAACAAUACCGGAAAAUUUUACAUCGACGAAUUAUGCUGCUGAACUUAUUAUUCAUCCUAUAUUGGACAAAUUUCUUUAUGCAUCAAAUCGUGGUCACGAUUCCAUAGUUGUUUUUGCUGUUGACAAUAAUACAGGACAUUUGACUACUAUUCAACAUGUACAUGUACAAGGACGCACACCUCGGCAUUUCAAUAUCCUUCCGGGUGGAACACAUUUGAUUGUUGCCAAUCAAGAUUCAGAUAAUUUAGUCGUAUUUUUGAUCGAUUUAACAACAGGCAAGUUAAUACUCACCAAUUCUUCUGCUCAAGUUAACAAACCAACAUAUGUUACAUUCCUCUCACCGUAG